AUGGCGUCCGCUAGCUGGAAGCCCCGCUUUUGGAAGCCAGAUACAGAAAAGCCUGGCAGUGAUAUUGCGAUCGAAAGGCCGGUUAAUAGUAACGAUGCUUCUGAUUCAGUUGUCUAUAAUCCCAACAGCUCCUUGUCGAUCAACCUUCAGCGACAAAGGCUUCCAAUCUUUAUGCACCGAACGAACAUCUUGUUUCUCUUGGAAAAGUUUGAAACUGUCAUCAUCGUAGGCGAAACGGGCUGUGGAAAAUCUACACAGAUUCCUCAGUAUCUGCACGAGAGUGGAUGGACGUCUGAAAAAUGGAAAGUUUGCGUCACGCAGCCUCGGAGAGUAGCCGUUGUGUCUGUGGCAAUGAGGGUUGCUGAAGAGAGAGGCUCUUUCAUAGGAGAGGAAAUAGGCUACUCUAUUCGGUUUGAUGAUUGCUGUAAUCCGGAAAGUACGCGUGUGAAGUUUGUGACUGAUGGUGUGCUUUUAAGGGAGACCAUGAGUGAUCCUUUAUUGUCACAAUACAGCGUGAUCAUGCUAGAUGAAGCACAUGAGAGGACACUUCACACCGACAUCAUGAUAGGGCUUUUGAAAAAGAUAAAGAAGAAGCGAAAGGAUCUUCGUAUCAUUGUCUCUUCAGCUACACUGGAUGCCGAGAUGUUUAAGGAAUUUUUCAAUUCAAAUAUUACAAAUGACAGAACCAAGGAUACUGCUGCAAUACUGUCAGUGAAGGGACGUUCAUAUCCUGUUGACAUUCAUUAUACACUGAGUCCUGUCCCAGAUUACUUGAAAACAACAAUAGACACUGUGAUGGGCAUACACAAAGAGGAACCUCAUGGCGACAUUCUGGCCUUUGUCACUGGUCAAGAUGAAGUUGAAACUGUUGUUUCACAGUUGAUUGAAAGGGCAAGAGCUUUACCCAAAGGAUCUCAGUACCUGAAAGUUCUUCCUAUGUACAGUGGUCUUCCACAUGCAGAGCAGAUGCUGAUUUUCAAACCGACACCUCAUAAUACCAGAAAAGUUGUUGUUGCCACAAACAUUGCUGAAGCCUCUAUCACUAUCAGUGGUAUUGUUUAUGUCAUUGACUGUGGGUUUGUCAAACUCCGUGCAUAUUCUUCCAAAGUUGGAGUGGAGAGCUUGGUAGUAGUGCCUGUGUCACAGGCCUCUGCAAAGCAGCGUGCCGGCAGAGCAGGUCGUGUGAGGUCAGGAAAAGUUUACAGGUUGUAUACAGAAGAAGGCUUCCUUGCCCUAAAGCCAGCAACUGUGCCAGAAAUGCAAAGGUGUAAUAUGGCAUCAGUUUUACUGCAGUUGAAGUGCUUGGGUAUUGAUAAUGUUCUCCGCUUCAACUUCCCAGCCCGUCCACCUGCUCAGAACAUGAUUCGUGGCCUUGAGCUCUUGUAUGCCUUAGGAGCAUUGGAUGAACAUGGCAAACUGGUUGAUCCCUUGGGCACAAACAUGGCAGAAUUUCCCACAGAUCCAAUGAUUGCAAAAAUGCUUCUAUCCUCAGGCGAGUUUGGUUGUUCUGAAGAGAUCGUAACAAUUGCUGCCAUGCUGCAAAUACAGAACAUCUUUGUCAGCCCCAGCAAACAGAAAGCUGCAGCUGACAAUGCUAAGAGGAAGUUCUCUGUGUAUGAAGGAGACCACAUCACCCUGCUGAACAUCUAUGAGGCCUUCCUGAAAUACAAAAAGAGUUCAAAAUGGUGCCACGAGCAUUUCCUGAAUUUUAAGGGACUUUGUCAUGCUGUUAAAAUCCGAGAGCAGUUCAAGAAGCUCCUUUUGCAAUUCAAAGUUCCAAUGAUCUCUUGUGAUGGAGACGUUGAUUCAAUUUGUCAGUGUAUAGUGAGUGGUUUCUUUGCUAAUGCUGCCAGGUUGCACCCCUCGGGAUCAUAUCGCACCGUGAGAGAUGACCACCCUUUGUUUAUCCACCCAACAUCAGUCCUAUAUACUGAAGCACCACCUCAGUGGGUUGUUUACCAUGAAGUACUUCAGACUUCUAAGGAGUACAUGCGUGAUGUGACAAAGAUAGAUCCUUCUUGGCUCUACAAGCUGGCUCCCCAGUACUAUGAGUUUGGCACAGAAAGAGAGAUCGCUGCGAAGAGAGCUAAACUCUUCUAA